AUGUUGCAGCUGGAAGAACUGGAGCUGUUGAAGAAGAGUCUCGGGGAAGAGGCUGGUCCGCCGGCGGAGCUAUUUCAGAAGAAAGUGGAAGCUUCCUUUUCUAAAACAGUUCUGAACCGAGGAAUGGAUAACCGGUACCUGGUAUUAGCAGUCAAUACUGUACAGAAUGAAGAAGGAAACCAUGAAAAGCACCUAAUCAUCACUGCUUCUCAGUCACUAGAAUAUAAAGAACUGUGUAUCCUUAGGAAUGACUGGUGCUCUUUACCAGUGGAGCCGGGGGACAUCAUUCAUUUGGAGGGAGACUGCAUAUCUGAUACUUGGAUAAUAGAUGAAGAUUUUGGAUAUUUGAUUCUGUAUCCAGACAUACUGAUUUCUGGCACAAGCAUAGCCAGUAGUAUUCGAUGUAUGAGAAGAGCUGUCCUAAGUGAAACUUUUAGGAGCUGUAAUCCAGCCACACGUCAAAUGCUGAUUGGUACAGUUCUUCAUGAAGUAUUUCAAAAAGCAAUAAGCAAUAGCUUUGCCCCAGAAAAACUACAAGAAUAUGCUUUUCAAACUAUUCAAGAAAUAAAACAUCUGAAGGAAAUGUAUCGCUUAAAUUUGAAUCAAGAUGAGAUAAAACAAGAAGUAGAGGAGUAUCUUCCUUCAUUUUCUAAAUGGGCCGGAGAUUUCAUGCAUAAAUAUAUUUCAACUGACUUCCCUCAGAUGCAGCUCUCUCUGCCAAGUGAUGGUAGUAACAAUAAUUCAACAUGUAAUAUUGAAGUCAUAAAUUCAUUGGAUAUUGAAGAAAGCAUUUGGUCCCCUAGGUUUGGAUUGAAAGGCAAAAUAGAUGUCACAGUUGGUGUGAAAAUACAUCGAGGAUAUAAAACAAAAUAUAAGAUAAUGCCUUUGGAACUUAAAACUGGCAAAGAAUUAAAUUCUAUUGAACAUCGUAGUCAGCUUGUUCUGUACACACUGCUAAGUCAAGAGAGGAGAGCUGAUCCAGAGGCCGGCCUGCUCCUUUACCUCAAGACUGGCCACAUGUACCCUGUGCCCGCCAAACAUCUUGAUAAAAGAGAAUUAUUAAGGCUAAGAAACCAGAUGGCAUUCUCUUUGUCUAACCGUAUUAGCAAAUCUUCUGUUGGAAAGGAGAAGACAAACCUUGCUCCUUUGCCACAAAUAAUUGAGGAAGAGCAAACUUGUAAAUACUGUUCACAUGUUGGCAACUGUGCUCUUUAUAGCAGAGCAGUUGAACAACAGAUGGAUGACAGUUCAGUCCCGAUUGGCAUGCUGCCCAAAAUAAAAGAAGAAACCCAACAUCUGAAGCUUUCACACUUGGAGUAUUUCAGCCUUUGGUGUCUAAUGUUAACCCUGGAGUCACAAUCAAAGGAUAAUAAAAAGAAUCACCAACAUAUAUGGUUAAUGCCUGCUUCAGAAAUGGAAGAGAGUGGCAACUGCAUUGGAAACCUGAUUAGAACAGAACGUGUAAAGACAGUUUGUGAUGGGCAAUAUUUACAUAAUUUUCAACGUAAAAAUGGUGCCAUGCCUAUCACAAAUCUAAUGGCAGGUGAUAGAGUUAUUUUAAGUGGAGAAGAGAGAACACUGUUUGCUUUGUCUAGGGGAUAUGUGAAGGAGAUUAACAUGACAUCAGUAACCUGUUUAUUAGACAGGAACUUGUCAGUACUCCCAGAAUCAACUUUGUUCAGAUUGGACCAGGAAGAAAAGAAUUGUGAUAUAGAUACCCCAUUAGGAAAUCUUUCUAAAUUGAUGGAAAAUACUCGUGUCAGUCAGAAACUUCGAGAUUUGAUCAUUGACUUUCGUGAACCUCAGUUUAUAUCCUACCUCAGUUCUGUUCUUCCACAUGAUGCAAAGGAUACAGUUGCCUGCAUUCUGAAAGGUUUGAAUAAACCUCAGAGGCAAGCAAUGAAAAAGGUACUUCUUUCAAAAGACUACACACUCAUCGUGGGCAUGCCUGGAACAGGAAAAACAACUACCAUAUGUACUCUCGUAAGAAUUCUCUAUGCCUGUGGUUUUAGUGUUUUGUUGACCAGCUAUACACACUCUGCUGUUGACAAUAUUCUUUUGAAGUUAGCAAAGUUUAAAAUAGGAUUUUUGCGUUUGGGUCAGACUCAGAAGGUACAUCUAGACAUCCAGAAAUUCACAGAGGAGGAAGUUUGCCGAUCCAAGUCCAUUACAUCCUUAGCUCUUCUAGAAGAACUCUACAAUAGUCAUCGUAUAGUUGCAACAACGUGUAUGGGAAUAAACCAUCCAAUAUUUUCUCGUAAAACUUUUGAUUUUUGUAUUGUGGAUGAAGCCUCUCAAAUUAGCCAACCAGUCUGUCUAGGGCCACUUUUUUUUUCGCAAAGAUUUGUGUUGGUGGGGGAUCAUCAGCAGCUUCCUCCCUUGGUGCUAAACCAUGAAGCAAGAGCUCUUGGCAUGAGUGAAAGCUUAUUCAAGAGGCUGGAACAGAAUAAGAAUGCUGUUGUACAGUUAACUGUGCAGUACAGAAUGAACAGUAAAAUUAUGUCCUUAAGUAAUAAACUGACAUAUGAAGGAAAGCUGGAGUGUGGAUCAGACAAAGUGGCCAACGCAGUGAUAAACCUACCUAACUUUAAAGCUGUAAAGCUGGAACUGGAAUUUUAUGCUGAUUAUUCUGAAAAUCCUUGGAUGAUUGGAGUAUUUGAGCCAAACAAUCCUGUUUGUUUUCUUAAUACAGAUAAGGUUCCAGCACCAGAACAAGUUGAAAAGGGUGGUGUGAGCAAUAUAACAGAAGCCAAACUAAUAGUUUUCCUGACCUCAGUGUUUAUUAAGGCUGGAUGUAAACCCUCUGAUAUUGGUAUUAUUGCACCAUACAGGCAGCAGUUAAAGAUCAUCAAUGAUUUAUUGUCCCAUUCUUCUAUUGGAAUGGUUGAAGUUAACACCGUAGACAAAUACCAAGGAAGAGACAAAAGUAUCAUUCUAGUAACUUUUGUUAGAAGUAAUAAAGAUGGACCUCUUGGUGAACUCCUGAGAGAUUGGCGACGUCUUAAUGUUGCUAUAACCAGAGCCAAACAUAAACUGAUUCUUCUGGGAUGUGUACCCUCACUAAACCGCUAUCCUCCUUUGGGGAAGUUACUUCAUCAUCUAAACUCAGAAAAAUUAAUCAUGGAUCUUCCAUCAGAGGAACAUGAAAGUCUUUGUCAUGUAUUAGGUGGUUUUCAAAGAAGAUAA